AUGGUUGUGUCUGGGGUAGCGCUUGGUGCUAUUGCGCACCCAAGACCCGUUCGCUCUGUUGCUGUGGACAACCCCUGUAAUAUGGUGCUAACAGAAGAUCCUAUGGAGCCUUCCGACUACAUCAGCAGACUAACUGACAUACAGACCAGAUCUGAGGGUAUCGAGCUUGAUGCCCAGGGUAUGAAGACACAGCUAAAAGAAUCUGGAAAAGUGAAUUCAUUUACUGCAACGAUUUUGGAUGUAUACAACUUCAUGGAUACAGAAGGAAUGACCAUAUCGCAAGAUACAAUUUCAGUAGCCAUAAAUAACCAGGUUGAGGCCUUACAGUCCCACUUCCAUUUCCUGUUACAAUACAUCCUCCAUAUCCAGGACAUUAAGGGCAACCACACUGUAUGGACGAACGCCGAAACCUCCAAUGCUGAACUUCUAAACGCCCUUGACCAUCUUGAGAACCAGAUUCGAAGAACAGCAUGCAGCGUCGUACUCGCACUUAGAGCCAAAGGAAGUGAUAUGCCCGAAUAUGAGCCGACGCUGCUAGACAGAUACACAACUUCUACUUUUCCCAAUGUUUACAAAGCUUAUAUUCUGGCGAACGACAGUGUCAAACUUGGCUCCUACCUAAAACAAAUGUAUGGAGAACUUUCAAAAGCAAACUAG